UUUCUUGCCGCCAAAUAGAAUCGUUAAAAGCGUACUCUGUACUCGUCGUCGUAGGUGGCUAGCCUACCUUCGUCGAGAAUGGAGGAAGAAGACCAAGUCGUCAUCUCGUCUUCCGAUUCCGAAGAUUCCAGCGACAGUUACGAAGAAGAGUCUCAAGACUCGGAGGGAGAAUACGAAAAUUCCGACUGCGAAGACCUUGCCGCCGUUUCUCCUCCAUCCGACGCCGAUCGGAAAUUCAAGAACGUAAAUGAUCUAUUGAGGGGAAAUCUGGUGGUGCAACGGCAGCCACUCCUUCCUCGGGUGCUUUCAGUCUCUGAAGGAGCUGCAGUUUGUAGGAAGCCUUUCAAGCCUCCGUGUUCUCAUGGUUAUAAUACCACCGGUCAACUUUCUCGUCGCCUUUCGGCUCGGAAACGCUUUGUUCCUUGGGGUUCUUCAAGUCCAGUUGUGGUUGUUCUGCCUACUAAGCUGAAUGAAUCAACCACUAUUGAAAAAGAUGAAGAAGAGGAAGUUGUUUCUCUUCCACCUGAAGUUGAACCCUUGGUAUUGUGGCAACUUGAUGAAUCUGAUGAUGCCAUGAGAAUUUCGGUGCAUCCAUUGCUUGUCCGGUUUCUUCGGCCUCAUCAAAGAGAAGGUGUCCAGUUCAUGUUUGAUUGUGUUUCAGGAUUACAUGGUUCGGAAAAUAUAAAUGGUUGCAUUCUGGCUGACGACAUGGGUUUGGGGAAGACAUUGCAGUCCAUUACUUUACUAUACACACUUCUAUGUCAAGGAUUUGAUGGGACUCCUAUGGUUAAAAAGGCCAUUAUUGUUACACCAACGAGUCUUGUCAGUAACUGGGAAGCUGAAAUUAAGAAAUGGGUUGGAGACAGGAUUCAGCUUAUAGCUCUCUGUGAAAGCACCAGAGAUGAUGUUUUGUCUGGAAUAGAUAGUUUCACUCGACCACGAAGCGCUUUGCAGGUACUUAUUAUUUCUUACGAGACAUUUCGAAUGCACUCAUCCAAGUUCGGCCAGACUGGAUCCUGUGAUCUUCUAAUAUGCGAUGAGGCUCAUAGGUUGAAAAAUGACCAGACACUAACUAACAAGGCUUUGGCUUCAUUGACAUGCAAAAGGCGGGUUUUGUUGUCUGGAACUCCCAUGCAGAAUGACUUGGAAGAGUUUUUCGCCAUGGUCAACUUUACAAAUCCAGGAAGUUUAGGCGAUGCUGCGCAUUUUCGCCACUAUUUUGAGGCACCUAUUAUAUGUGGAAGAGAACCUACAGCUACUGAGGAAGAGAAAAAUUUAGCUGCUGCCCGCUCGACAGAACUGAGUUCAAAAGUGAAUCAGUUUAUAUUGAGGAGAACUAAUGCAUUACUCUCCAAUCAUUUACCACCUAAGAUAAUUGAAGUAGUUUGUUGCAAGAUGACUACUCUCCAGUCCACUUUGUACAAUCAUUUUAUAAGCUCAAAAAAUCUUAAAAGAGCACUUGCUGAUAAUGCAAAGCAGACAAAAGUUUUGGCUUAUAUAACAGCUCUCAAGAAGCUCUGCAAUCAUCCAAAGCUAAUUUACGAUACAAUAAAAAGCAAAAGUCCUGGUACUAUUGGUUUUGAGGAUUUCUUAGAGUUUUUCCCUGCAGAAAUGUUCUCCGGGAGAUCUGGAGCAUGGACCGGGGGUGAUGGUGCCUGGGUCGAGCUCUCUGGGAAAAUGCAUGUUCUCUCCAGACUUUUGGCUAACCUACGUCGGAAUACUGAUGACCGCAUAGUCCUUGUAUCAAACUAUACGCAGACAUUGGAUCUUUUCGCUCAACUCUGUCGCGAAAGAAGAUAUCCUUAUCUGAGGCUGGAUGGAUCAACAUCUAUCAGCAAGAGGCAGAAGCUUGUUAACCGGUUGAACGACCCAACAAAGGAUGAAUUUGCAUUUCUCUUAAGCAGCAAGGCAGGUGGCUGUGGAUUAAAUUUAAUUGGUGCUAAUCGACUUGUUUUGUUCGAUCCCGAUUGGAAUCCUGCCAAUGAUAAACAAGCUGCUGCUAGAGUUUGGAGGGAUGGGCAAAAGAAAAGAGUGUAUGUCUACAGGUUUCUUAGUACUGGAACUAUUGAAGAAAAGGUUUACCAGCGUCAGAUGUCAAAAGAAGGGCUUCAAAAAGUUAUUCAGCAUGAACAGACGGAUAACAGCACUAGACAGGGAAACUUACUUUCAACAGAGGAUUUAAGAGACUUAUUUUCCUUCCACGGGGAUGUUAGGUCUGAAAUCCAUGGAAAGAUGAGCUGCAGCAGGUGCCAAAAUGAUGCCUCUGGUACAGAAAAUACGGAAGAAGGAAAUGAGAACAAUCUUGAUGACAGUGCUUGCCAGACUGAUCAAGAAGAUAUAGGCGGAUUUGCAAACGAUGCAGGAUGCCUUCACUCGUUGAAAAUCUCCGAGAGACAGGUGGGCACUCCAUUGGAGGAAGAUCUAGCAAGCUGGGGUCAUCAUUUUACCUCAAAGUCUGUUCCAGAUACUAUACUGCAAGCUUCAGCUGGUGACGAGGUUACAUUUGUAUUCACAAACCAGGUAGAUGGGAAGCUCAUUCCCAUCAAAUCAAAUCCUAGUCCAAAACCGGAAGUAACCGAAUUAAACCGAAACCAAGCUGUAAGUAACCGUGGCUUCAACAAACCGCAACAAAGACCUAGGGAACCGCUCCAACCACUAUCUCCCAACGAGACCAACAAAAGAGUGAAGUUGUCUACGUAUAAGCGUUUACACUGUACUAGUAACACUGAUGGUGCUCAAAUGCAAAUGCCUUUGCCGAGACCAAAUCAAGUGUCUGUAAAUCACGAUGAUGAUUUUGUAUGAAAUUUAAAGCUUUUGAGCCUUAAGAGAGACAUGGUUGUGCUAUAUCGUGGGUAAAAUAGAGUUUUUUUUUUUUUCCUUUUUCCUGUGAGAUUCAUUGGACUUUGUUUAUAUCACUCGCAUAUUUAUUAGUUUGGACAGUUUUGUUAAUCCGGCCCGUCUGGGAUUUGUUCUGAUAGGAACGCAUAUCGAGAUAAUAUAUGUUUCAUGUUUGUGUUAA